CACACGCGUCCGAGGGAGCGACGAGGUCGGAGGCGUGAAGGGAGGAACUCUUUGAACAUUCGGGGGAACACGAACAUUCAGGUGGAGGUUCGCUCGUUUCCUUUCUCUUUGAACAAAGACUACAGGUGUUAUCAGUGUUAGUGUUAUGUCUGUUGAUGUUGCUAACCACGUCCUACGAGCGCGCGGUGCCCACGCCGCACACAGGGAUGCUGGUCACGGAGCGUCAGGUGGCGUCGGACUUCCCCGAAGGCAGGAACGUGACCCGUGAGAGCGAGCGGAGUUUCCCUUUGGAGGCGUACUUUCUGCCGACCUGCGUGACCCUGAUCGGCUGCGUUCUCGCCCUCUGCGUCACCCUCAAGGGCAAGGUGUCCCAGCAGAGCCGAGAAGCGACUUACUUCGUCGUCAGUCUGAUCGUCAGCGUCUUCCUGCUGUCGUCACUGUCUCUGAUCUACCUCGUGGUGCUCCUGAGUGUGCCCGAGGCGACCCUCGGGGACUCCUCCGCUUGCUACGUCAAGCUGUUCCAGCGGAUUCUCAGCGCCGUGUACUGCUUCAGCCUCGCCUGCGUGGCGCUCGACCGCUACCUGGCCAUUUGCUGGCCGCUGCGCUACGCCGACCUGCUGACGAAGACCCGCUCGCUCCUGCUCAUAGCCUGCAGCUGGCUCGCGCCCUUCCUGCUCCUGCUGCUGGUUUGCGUGGCGGACCACUCGACGCUCUGCCUCGACGGCAGGAACACCACCCCCGCCCUCGCCACCUACGCCGCCCUCUACUUCCUCGGAGCCUCCUGCACCGUCGUCCUCUACGUCCUGGUCGCCUUCGAGUUCUGCAGGAGUCGAGGCGCGCUCCGCCUGGUGGCCGAAGCCGCGGAGUUCGACAAGCGGGCCAAGAGCAAGACGACGGCCUCGGCACUGAUGGCGGCGACGCUGUGCUUCUUCUCCAUCCCGCACACGGUCGUCCCAUUCCUAAACCCAGGUCUUCUCCCCAUUAGCGUCAUCCGCGUUAUACACCUGCUCAAUCGUUUACACAUCGUCCUCUUCCUUCCCGUGCACGCCAAGAGUACUUUCAAGGCCGUUUGUGGCAUGCUGGCGACAUGUUUGCUACACGUUUGGGGUCGUUGUAACAGCUGUUGUCGGUCAGCUGGAGACGGGUCUGAGACGAGGUUCGUGGAUGAGACAAUGUGAGUUUGUUUUUUGAAGUUUAUAUAGGUGUCUAUAUCUAUAUCAGUUUAUCUAUCUAUCUAUUUGUCUAUCUUUUUAUACGUCUGUCUAUAUAUCUAUCUGUAUGUAUGUUCUGUUAUAGUGUACAAAUAGUGUUGGGUUUUGUUAUACAAUAGAUUAUUAUGAUUUUUGUUUUAUGUAAAUAUUGAUCUAUUUAUCUAUAUGUAGUUAUAGUGUACAAAAAGUUUUGGGUUUUGUUGUACAAUAAAUCAUUAUUUUUA